CAGAAGCAGAGCAGCCGUGGGGAGCACAGAGCCGAGCCGACGCCUCAGAGGCGCUCAGAGCUCAACGAGUGACCGUGAAAGAAAGUACGACAGAAGUGCUUCGGGAAGAGCACGGGGAAAAAAACCACCGAGUUUUUAAUAUUAUUAAAAAAAGAAUAAUAACAAAACAUUUCGGUACCUUUAUAUGUAGAUUUUCACAUUUCUUUUUGAUCGACAAAUUAAAAUACGAAUCAAUUUUCAACUGAAAGGCAGGCAUUCGAGGGCUGAGUCGCAGUGAAAGCCGGAGCUGUCGAGGGUACACUCAAGCGCUGGAAUACAGGAGUGUGCUUUCAGCACCUCGGACAGAGCACCACGCGUCAUGGCGCCAGUGAUUGCAGAGGGAGCGCAGUUCGCCGAGGUCCCGGCCGCAGUGGGAAUCAUCAGUGCCUUUGGACUGGUCUUCACCGUCUCUCUGUUCGCAUGGAUAUGCUGCCAGCGCAAGUCAGCUAAAUCCAACAAAACUCCUCCCUACAAGUUUGUGCACAUGCUGAAGGGGGUGGACAUCUAUCCUGAGAGCCUCACCAACAAGAAGAAGUUCGGGGCUGAUGAGAAAACAGAGCUGGCCAAGUCCACGCCCAGCCCUGCCAGCGCCAAGACCGCCCUCCACCUGGACCUGGAGAAGCGAGACCUCAACGGCAACUUCGCCAAGCCGCACCCCCGUGUGCGGAGCUCGCCCGAGCUGGACAUGCCCUCCCCGCAUGGCUGCUUCCCAGAGGAAGGCAAGGAGCCAGCCUCCCCGGAGAGCGUGCCCUCCAGCAAGGCGCUAACGCCGGCGGACAAGCCCCCCGACCGAGAAGCGGGGCUGGGGACCCUUUUCUUCUCGCUCGAGUACAACUUCGACAAGAAGGCCUUCAUCGUCAACAUCAAGGAGGCGCACGGGCUGUCCGCCAUGGACGAGCAGUCUCUGACCUCCGACCCCUACGUCAAGAUGACCAUCUUGCCUGACAAGAAGUACAAGGUGAAGACCCGCGUGCUGAGGAAGACCCUCGAUCCCGCCUUCGAUGAGACGUUCAGCUUCUACGGGAUCCCCUACAGCCGGGUGCCCGAGCUGGCUCUGCACUUCAUGGUGUUGAGCUUCGACCGCUUCUCGCGGGAUGACGUCAUCGGCGAGGCUCUGGUGCCCCUGGCGGGGGUUGACCUCUCGGAGGGGCGUGUCCUCAUGACCCGCGAGAUCAUCAAACGCAACGUCAGGAGGUGUGUGGGCAGAGGGGAGCUCCUGCUGUCUCUGUGCUACCAGUCGACCACCAGCACUCUGACCGUUGUGGUGCUGAAGGCACGCCACCUGCCCAAGACUGAAGCCUCCAGCCUUUCAGACCCGUACGUCAAGGUGAACCUCUACCAGGGCAGGAAGCGGGUGUGCAAGAAGAAGACCCACGUGAAGAAGAGCUCCCCCAACCCCGUCUUCAACGAGCUCUUCGUGUUCGACAUCCCCCCGGAGACGGGGCUCGGCGACACCAGCGUGGAGCUCCUCCUGCUCGACUCCGACCGGCUGGCCCGCAACCAGGUGAUCGGCCGGCUGCUGCUGGGCGCCAACGCCGAGGGGACAGUGGGCGAGCACUGGCGCGAGAUCUGCGACCACCCUCGGAGACAGAUCGCCAAGUGGCACACGCUCUCCGAAGGCUAGAGCCACCGACCACGCCCGCCCCCAUUGCGACCGCUGCUGACCAGCCAGCCCAGGUCACUCACGUAUGCCAGAGGGAGUUAAUUAAUAAUCGGCUCAUGAAUUAUCCACAUUAUUGGGUUCAGCUCCUCAAAGAAGUGUCAGCACACCUGGCCAUCAACGAUCCAAAGACAGUCACUGAAUUCUCAAUAAUGCCGCUUCAUCUUCACUCAAUACAUCCCGACCUUGUACAGCUGAUUGUCUGAUUAUUAUUGUGAACUGUUCUUAGCAGGAAACAACAAGCAAAAAGCAUCUUCGACUAUACCGUGUUUGUUAUUUUUUUAUCAAAGCAAUCUUUCGUUUGUUAAUUUAUGUAUUGAUUUCUCGUUUUUUGUAUUUUUAUGAUUGUUUUGUAAGUACAAGUGGUAUUUCACAUUUCAUGCCAAUUGGAAAGCAGCCUAAAUUAGGCUGCCGUUGGUCCCUGAGAUACCCGGAGUGAGAGAGAGAGAGAGAGAGAGAGAGAGAAACGGGAUGAGCAGCAGCUGUGAAGGAGAGGCUGCGAAACUGAACUGUUCGGUCCUCUAAACUGUGAGCACAGAGGCAGGUUGAGAAUGUACAUGUACCUGAAUAUAAACCAUGUCCAAUUCUGAGAACACAGCUGUCGCAAGUCGUGUGAAUUACUAGUGCUGUCGUUUCACUUGUCUGAGUGGUGUGGGGUCAGUACAAACUGAUUCCCCGGUGUGUUUCUUACACAUCACGUACAGGACGUACAUUCUUGCGCAGGUAUUCUUGCACAACCAGGUUUCAUUUACAGUUCCCCUCACUAACAGUUAAUUCUGCCCUGAGAAUAACCUGCAUUUAUUCUCCACAAAAAAAGCCCUUUUGGCUGUAAUAUCACUCACCUUUGCUGUUCUCGCACCUGGGCCUCAGUUUUCUGGGGAGGCGUGUGGUUCUGGAAAUAUAUUGCCACAGGGUCCUGUACAGAAGCAUUUAGAAAUGAUUCUCUCUACAGCACAAUGACUUGAGAGUAAUCGUGACUGACAUGGCACAGACCUAUUUCCUGCCUACAUACUGCUGCUCUCAUGCAGUAAGUGGUAGUGAAAGGAAAAACUUAUUGUACAGGGUAGAAUAGGGCCUGUAGCACAAUGCAGCUGUAAGGAGAGUGGGAGAUUCAAGCAGGGUCUCUCACAGCUGCUUGUGAACUCUGUUUACUUCCUUACAGCCUUUUUUGGAAACUCAAAUUAAGAAAGGUAACUAUGGUAAAUUUGAAUGGAAAACUGUUUUUUUCCAGUACAGUAUUCAAUUUGGUAAACUCACAUAAUGUGCUUUCAGUAUUUUUUCUUCUGAUUGAACCAUGUUUCAUUUAGGGUAAUUGCACAAGACAGUGAGCAUAACGUAGUUUCUCAUAGCCUCUUUCCAUUAGGACAAUUGGAAAUUCUUUCUGUUGUAAAAUCCAGUAUCUCCCCAUAGUCUAGUGAUUGUAUGCACGGUGAAUGAUAAAAAAAACAGGCAAGCACAGGAAAAGGACAGGAUUUCCCACAUAUAUAUAUAAAGGAUUCAGUCAUUAUUUCUGUUAACUCAAUACUUUCCUGCUGCUUUAAAACAUGUAAAUACAUACCCAAUAAACUGCACCAAUAAAUGGAUUAUUUUCUCUCA